CAAUUAACGUUAUGUUGGCGUGUGUCUGUCGACCUUGCCUAACGUUAGUCCCGAAUCUUUGUUCUGCCUGCGUGCGUGGAAGACUCAGAUUACGAUUGUCUUUUUUUUCUCCAGAUUUCCAAUGUGUCAACCACUUAAAAACAAUUUAGAUACUAACUAAACCACUUAAUUGACAUGAUCUGACACGUUUGCAUAUUUGUUGUGGAUAUUUUGGACUCAAUUGGGUUAGCUUGCGCAAAAAUAGUAACCGCAACGUGUCUCGCGAAGGUCAUCGAAUGCACGAUGCAUAUGGGGUAACGUUAUUGUAAUUUUGACAUUUCUUGCUAAAUGAUAUGCUGUUUUUAGCAUGGUGUGGUUGUUUUUAAGGUUUGUGUUAGAAAACGCAGCGUUCUUUUACAGGAAAUAGUGUACUUUUCUCCUAACACAAGGCAAAGGUCCAAGUCCCACAGCGCCAUCUUAUGGUCGUGUAUUUGUAAUCUCUGUUGAAAAAUAAAUUCAUAAUGUUAUUCAGAAAUAUUCAUUACCAUCGAGGAUUUUCUCAAAUCAUUUAUUGUGCUUAAAUUAGUCAUUUGGCAAUCAAACACAAUGGCUGUUUGGGCAUCAAAGGAACCAAGCAUCAUUAAAGUGGCCAGGCUCCUUUGUUCUCUAUUGCUUUAUGACACAGCAGGCCCACUCAACAUUUGGCUGGUCAUCUCCCCAUUGGCAUUGUUCGCAGGGGCCACAGAUAAAGGCUCAGAAGCUCCCCUUCUCUCUUGCCAGUCAAGAUGGGAGGAGCUGUGAGCGCUGGCGAGGAUAAUGACGAGUUGAUUGACAACUUGAAGGAGGCACACUACAUCCAUUCGGACCUGGUGGAGCGGGCCUUCAGGGCCAUCGACCGGGCCGACUACUACCUGGAGGAGUACCGUGACAGCGCCUACAAGGACCUGGCCUGGAGGCACGGCAACAUCCACCUAUCAGCCCCCUGUAUCUACUCUGAGGUGAUGGAGGCCCUGGACCUUCACCCUGGCCUGUCCUUCCUCAACCUGGGCAGUGGGACUGGGUACCUCAGCACUAUGGUGGGACUCAUACUGGGUCCAUUUGGUGUGAACCAUGGGGUGGAGUUAUAUGCUGAUGUGAUUGAGUAUGCCUACCAGAAGCUAGACUACUUCAUCAAAACCAGCGAAAGCUUUGACAAGUUUGAGUUCUGCGAACCUUCCUUUGUGGCGGGGAACUGCCUGGAGAUCCCCUCUGAGAGCAGGCAGUAUGACAGGGUGUACUGUGGGGCGGGGGUGCAGAGAGACCAUGAAGAAUUCAUGAAGAACCUGCUGAAAGUGGGGGGUAUUCUGGUAGUGCCCUUGGAGGAGAAGCUGACCAAGAUCAGGCGUACAGGCCAGAGCAGCUGGGAGACCAAAAAGAUCAUUGCUGUGUCCUUCGCUCCACUGACACUGCCCCAACAAAACACCAACGGUGAACCCAAGACCGUCCCACUACCCAUGUUUGAGGUGCGGACGCUGCAGGAGCUGGCUCGUAUAGCCAUCCGCCACACCCUGAGAGUGACCACGGACAACGGGGAGGGUCAGCCACGGGGUCAGGGCUCUUUUGGAGGAGGCAGGGGCCUGGGGGUCAGUGGGCUCCACAAGUACGGGCCACGCUUUAAACGCCGGCGUGUUCACCGCCGCCACUGCACCUCUGUAGUACUGGCACACAAGCGUGUGGUGAGCAAUGCUGACCCCACCCCUGCUCCCCUGGACAACAACAACAAUAACCACGGGGGGCAGGAGGAUGGGCAGCGAAGGGUAGCCCGGGAGGAGGAGGAGGAAGCAGAAAAGGAGACAGGGGAGCUACUCCCAGCAGAGCCACCUGUAAACAUCCUGAGAGAGAGGAUUCUCGUUUUGCCCCUCCCGGAGCCUCUGAAGAAGUACCUGCUGUACUGCCGGGAGAAAUGACUUCUCCACAGAUACAGCACCCAGCAGAAACCAACAACACCUGACUGGGUCUCUGUUACUGACUGGGUCUCUGUUACUGACUGGGUCUCUCUUACUGACUGUGUCUCUGUUACUGACUGGGUCUCUCUUACUGACUGUGUCUCUGUUACUGACUGGGUGUCUGUUACUGACUGGGUCUCUGUUACUGACUGGGUCUCUGUUACUGACUGGGUCUCUGUUACUGACUGGGUCUCUGUUACUGACUGGGUCUCUCUUACUGACUGUGUCUCUGUUACUGACUGGGUCUCUGUUACUGACUGGGUCUCUGUUACUGACUGGGUCUCUGUUACUGACUGUGUCUCUGUUACUGACCCCUGACUGUGUCUCUGUUACUGACUGUGUCUCUGUUACUGACUGGGUCUCUGUUACUGACUGGGUCUCUGUUACUGACUGGGUCUCUGUUACUGACUGGGUCUCUGUUACUGACUGGGUCUCUGUUACUGACUGGGUCUCUGUUACUGACUGGGUCUCUGUUACUGAUCCCUGACUGUGUCUCUGUUACUGACUGUGUCUCUGUUACUGACUGGGUCUCUGUUACUGACUGGGUCUCUGUUACUGACUGGGUCUCUGUUACUGACUGGGUCUCUGUUACUGACCCCUGACUGUGUCUCUGUUACUGACUGGAUCUCUGUUUCUAAUCUGGAAUGUAAUUAUGGCUCUACAGUAUUUGGCGUUUAUUUUCGCUAUAGGUCCAUUUUCAUCUACAUGCUUUUGUAUGGAUAGGGAAUGUUGGUUCAUUCAAGAGAUUAUAAUUUUUGAUUUUAUGGAUUGAUUUUUUCAGUAACAGAAACACAGUCAGUAACAGAAACACAGUCAGUAACAGCGACACAGUCAGUAACAGAGACCCAGACUCACUGUUUCUUACUCUUUUCCUGUCACUGUAAGAAGGAGACAUAUUUGACCCGUAUGGGAAGGGUUUCACCUUGGGGAUAGAAAGGCGUCUCUAGGCUCUCUGGUACUCAGUAACUUAGCUUUCUCAAUGGUGCAGAUGUUUUAGACAGCCAAACAGAUCAAUUAUGUUAAUGGAUUUUUGUUUCAGUAGUUGCGAAUUGAGGAUCUUUGUGAUUUAACUUUUUCACUCAACCCAACAGAAGUUGUUUCCCCCUUAAGCUGUGUGUGAGAAUGGAAUACAUUAUAUAUUCUGUGCUGAGUGAGCCCUAGACCUAUGGUGGUGUCUGUUAUCUGGUUGGAAGACAUGGCUCUACCUAUUGGACAUCACCUGCAGCCACAUGUCCCAGAGCACGUUGGUCCAGAUCUUCUGUACUACGAGAGACUGGAAGAACCAUCUGAGAUUGCUAUCGAGCCUUGUGCUUCAUAAAUGGAGAGACUGGGGGAGAAGAUGGGAUAGUGUCAGAGUGGAGGAGAAAGUUUGUCAUUUAAGUAGUUUCCAGAAGCCAGAGAGAUGUUUGACCUCUGAUGAGAAGUGGUGUAGAGGUGUCUGUUGAUGAGAGGUGGUAGAGGUGUCUGUUGAUGAGAGGUGGUAGAGGUGUCUGUUGAUGAGAGGUGGUAGAGGUGUCUGUUGAUGAGAGGUGGUAGAGGUGUCUGUUGAUGAGGUGGUAUGGAGCUGAUAGAGGUGUCUGUUGAUGAGGUGGUGUAGAGGUGGUAGAGGUGUCUGUUGAUGAGAGGUGGUAGAGGUGUCUGUUGAUGAGAGGUGGUAGAGGUGUCUGUUGAUGAGAGGUGGUAGAGGUGUCUGUUGAUGAGAGGUGGUAGAGGUGUCUGUUGAUGAGGUGGUAUGGAGCUGAUAGAGGUGUCUGUUGAUGAGGUGGUGUAGAGGUGUCUGUUGAUGAGGUGGUGUAGAGGUGGUAGAGGUGUCUGUUGAUGAGGUGGUGUAGAGGUGGUAGAGGUGUCUGUUGAUGAGGUGGUGUAGAGGUGGUAGAGGUGUCUGUUGAUGAGAGGUGGUAGAGGUGUCUGUUGAUGAGGUGGUGUAGAGGUGGUGUAGAGGUGUCUGUUGAUGAGAGGUGGUAGAGGUGUCUGUUGAUGAGAGGUGGUAGAGGUGUCUGUUGAUGAGGUGGUAGAGGUGUCUGUUGAUGAGGUGGUAGAGGUGUCUGUUGAUGAGGUGGUAGAGGUGUCUGUUGAUGAGGUGGUAGAGGUGUCUGUUGACAUGCCUGUGGUUUAGAGACACUUAAAGUGAUAUUAUUGUUUGACUCUAUUUUGUUAGCAGACUGGCAGUGGAUAUUAGGUGUUGUUUUGAGUUAACUUUCUUGAGAAUAAAUGCAGGAGACUCUAUGAUGCCAUGAUCAUGUCCAGCAGAUGUUUCAGUUUGAACAUGACAAUCAGACUAGGGAUGAUCAUGCUUCUUCCAUUGUUAUGAUGGAUUCUGCUCAAAUCCUCUUAUUUUUGUAAAUGUAUUUACUUUUCCCUCUAAAAUGGUUCAGUGCCAUUUUUAAUUCAGUCAGUUCUGGAAAAUAAUUGAAAUUUGAUUCAUAGGUAGAGAAAAACUGGGAUUUAUUUUUUCAUUAGUUGAAUUUCAUUACCUUCUAAAUUAAUUUAAUUAAGAAUAAAUUAACUCCAACCCUGACGUGUA